GGGCGGCGCCCAGGACUCUGGUGGGAGAGUGUCGGCACCGCGCGCGAGGAAGGGCGGGAGGCGGCAGUGGCUGGCGGUCGAGGAGCCCGGCUCGCAGAACCUCAGCUCGAGGAGCUAGGGGAGCACGGCGCUGGGUGCAGGCAUAGCGUCUCCGGAGCCGACGGCCGGCGUGCGGACAGAGCCAUGGUUCGUCCUCCUAACCCGCGACCACUGGCGCCCUUAUUCCUGCUGCUGCUGCUACCGCUGCCGCUUGGAGCCGCAGACCCUCUCCCUAUAGAGGGCCGGCUCGUGAACAGCUGUAUUCAGGCCAGGAGGAAGUGCCAGGCCGAUCCUGUUUGCAGUGCUGCCUACCACCACCUGAAUUCCUGCACCUCUAGUAUAAGCACCCCGUCACCCACACAGGAACUUUUGGUCCCUGAGGACUGCAGGGAGGCAGCAAAGCACCUCAGGAAUAGCUCUCUGAUGAGCUGCACAUGCCAUCGGCGCAUGAAGAACCAAGUUGCCUGCCUGGACAUUUACUGGACCAUUCACCUUGCCCGCAGCCUUGGUGACUAUGAACUGGAUGUCUCCCCCUAUGAAGACACCGUGACCAGAAAACCCUGGAAAAUGAAUCUCAGCAAACUGAACAUGCUCAAACCAGACUCAGACCUCUGCCUCAAGUUUGCCAUGCUAUGUACUCUUAAUGAUAAGUGUGAUCGGCUGCGCAAGGCCUAUGGGGAAGCGUGCUCGGGAUCCCGCUGCCAGCGCCACACCUGCCUCCAUCAGCUCCGCGCCUUCUUCGAGAAGGCUUCAGAGCCCCACGCUCAGGGCCUCCUGUUGUGCCCCUGCGCACCGGCCGACCAGGGCUGCGGGCAACGCCGGCGCAACACCAUCGCUCCCAGCUGCGCUCUGCCGUCUGGAGCCCCCAACUGCCUGGAGCUGCAGAGCCUCUGCGUCGCUGACCCGCUGUGCAGAUCUCGCCUGGUGGAUUUCCAGACCCACUGCCAUCCUUUGGACAUCCUAGGGACCUGUGCAACAGAGCAGUCCAGAUGUCUGCGAGCAUACAUGGGGCUGAUUGGGACUGCCAUGACUCCCAACUUUGUCAGCAAUGUCAACAUCAGUGUUGCCUUAAGCUGCACCUGUCGAGGCAGUGGCAACCGGCAGGAAGAGUGUGAACAGCUGGAAGAGUCCUUCUCCCACAACUCCUGCCUCAUGGAGGCCAUUGCAGCUAAGAUGCGUUUUCACAGCCAACUCUUCUCCCAGGACUGGGCAGACUCUACCUUUUCCGUGAUGGAACGCCAGAACAAAAAUCCUGCUCUGAUGCCACAGCCCUGGGUGCCCUCUCUUUUCUCCUGUACACUUACUUUGAUUCUUCUCCUGAGCCUCUGGUAGCUGGACUUCCCCUGGGCCCCUCUCCCCUCUACCACACCAGCCUGACCUUCAGCCUGCAAGGGGUAAGGAAAGAGCGGCAUCAGGAAGGAGGUGCAGUAAACAACAUGGCGACCCUCAGUCCAUACUGCAUAUCCAACUGACUCCACAUGGGGCCAUCGUUGAAACUGACUCAUUCCCUCCUCAGCCCUUCCUUAGGACUUGGUGACCAUGAUUUAGCCAUAUCUUCUGGUGGAGACCAUCUCUACCAGUCUCUCUUAUAAUCCUUUCCUCUUGCCCACCAGAAUCACCCAGGCUCUAACAAAUCAGUCAUUAUCUAUUGCAUUCUCCA